CUGAGCGUCGCGCGGGCCGUACACCUUGCAUACCGCUCAGAUUAAGGGCGCAUUGUGCGCAUUUGACUGCUACAACAACCCUGUCGACGCAUGCGCUCGUAGAAGUGACGUACGCUGCUGCACGCCGCACUGCACACCGGCACGAUGGCAGCGCAGCAAUUAGCCGUCAACGUCGUCGACUUCGCGAAGGCGCGCCUGCCCGAGCUCGAGGCCCUCGACGAGGAACUGGACAAGAAUCAGAGAGAUGCGCCGCGCCACUUGAGACGCCGGGCGCGGAGCCACACGGCGCCGUUCCUCGCGAAGAAGAACCCGAACAAUCCCAACCCGACGCGGCGCGCGCGGCGCAAGCCCUCAGAAUUGCUCAAAGCGCACGACCCGCAUGCAGCAGAUGUCACAUUGCGCUUCCUCGAGACGCACGUCUGGCACGCGAAGCGCUUCGCCAUGGUCGACGAGGGCGGCUGGCGGCGGCCCGAUUACCGGCGCGACCGGGGCCUCAAGGCGGCGCUGCGAAGUUUAAGAACCGCGGCCCUCGUCUUCGACGCGACGGCGGAGCGGACGGUCGAGGUCGCUCCCCGUGAAUGGGCCGUCGGCGCGGAGGGAUCCCAAGUCCCGGGCGGCCUCGUGCGCUUCGAGGUCCGCGGCUGCAAGGCGCGCGACGUCGUCGCCGCGUUGAUCGGCGCGGCGCCGUCCGACGCGGCGAUGGCCCUGGACGUGCCGGACCCGCGCGAGCGCGUCGACGAGGCGCCGACGCCGAGCGAGGCCAUCUUCUCCCAGGAAGCUCGGCGCGCGUCGUCCGCCGCCGUCGCGGCGCGCACCGACGACAAAAUUAAUAGUGCGCGCCACGCCGACGAUCGGCCGGCGCCGCUGCGCGCGCCGUGCCUCGUCGUGCCCCGGCCCGCGGCCCACGGCGCGGGCGGCUGGGACGUCGUGGCGCCGCCGAACUGGGGCCGGCCCCUCUGGCACGCGCUCGUGCGCCACGCGUGCGGCCACGCGGGCGGGCGCAAGGAGCGGCGCCUCGUCGACGCCGUCGCCGCGGGCGAGGACAUGGACGCGUAUUUGCAGCGCGAGGGGCCGGGGCGGCCGCGGCGCGAGAAGAAGCGAUGGGUUCCGGUCGCGAAGAAGAAGAAGCCUCCACCAGCGGCUGAGAGUAAGAGUUAAUGACUUAAACAACAA